AUGCCUUCAUUUGAUGGCCUUGGGAGGCGAGCCUCACACGGCGCUGCCAGUCUAGCGACAUCGGCCUCUUCUGUUCAUGGCGCAGCAGUUGGGUUUCGAGAGCGCCUGGGCCUGGCGGGAGUUGCGAGGAGAACACUGGGAAUCUGUUUUCUGCUGUUGACGGUGUUUCUGUGGACGCUGUCCAACUUUCUCGCCAGCUUUAUCUUUUCCGACGAAACCUACGACAAACCCUUCUUCCUCGUCUACUUCAACACCUCCAUGUUCGCCAUUUCUUUAAUACCCAUGUUCAUUCGAUAUCUCGCUCAGAAGGGAUUCCACGGCCUGCGGAGCGACGUCAGGCGCAUGUGGGCAGAGCAUCGAUUCCAAGCCGCCGCGGGCAGUCCUCCGCCAGAUGAAGAAGAUCAUCACGCACAAGAGCGCCUGUUAGUAGAUGAGCAUGAUCCCAUGACGCCAACAUGGAGUCCUGCAGAGGAGAAGGAGAAGCUUGGCUUCCGAGAAACCGCAGUGCUGAGCUUCGAGUUCUGCAUGCUGUGGUUCCUCGCGAAUUACUUGGCGUCAGCAUGUCUCCAGCAUACCAGCGUCGCCAGCGUCACUAUUCUCACGUCAACAAGCAGUGUAUGGACGCUGGUAUUCGGCUCCAUGUUUAGCGUCGAGACCUUCUCCUUGCGCAAGCUGGUUGGGGUUGUGGCAUCUCUGACGGGCAUCAUACUCAUUUCCAUGGUGGAUCUGUCAGGCCAGAGCGACGAGAACCGAGGAUCCUUCCCGCACAAGACUCCCGGGCAAAUUGCGCUCGGAGAUUCCAUGGCUUUUUUGAGCGCUGUGGUCUACGGCAUAUAUGUUACCGUGAUGAAGCGACGGGUGGGCGACGAGGACAAGGUCAACAUGCAGCUAUUCUUUGGGCUGGUGGGAAUGUUUAAUUUGGCACUGCUAUGGCCACUUUUCUUCAUACUUCACUGGACGGGUAUUGAACCGUUCGAAUUGCCUCCUACAAGCCAGGUUUGGACCAUCAUGAUAGUAAACGCAGUCGCAUCCUUUGUCAGUGACAUAUCCUGGGCUCUGGCCAUGCUCCUGACGACGCCCUUAAUCGUCACCGUGGGCCUGUCUCUGACUAUCCCGCUCUCACUCAUUGGCGAAAUGAUUCAGUACCAGCAGUACUCGAGUUUUAUCUACUGGAUCGGUGCUGCCGUUGUAUUUGUCUCAUUUGUGUUUGUUAAUCACGAGACGAAAGAGGAAGACACAAGCAAAGCAACCCACGGCACAGCAGGUCUUGGCUCGGCCUCUGAUCCUGAUGCCGACGAGGGCGUGACGUAUGGGCGAUUGUAA